AGUUUCUUGUUAAAGGAAUAUUAUGUUGUAGAAUCUGAGGAAAUAUUACCAGUAUGAAUGAAUAGACCACAUUGAACGAAAAUUACUAGACCACAUUGUUAGUGCAAGAUUUCCUCCGAAAAUAUUGAUAAAUGAUAAUGAUUAGAAUCAUCACUGUUCAUACUUUACAACAAACCAAACGGCUAUUCUGACUUUUUUUCCUCUCUGUCUUUGUCUCUUCGUUUAUUAAGUCCUUAAGUGCUUUUGUGAAUCAAAUUCAUAUGUCACAUACAAGGCAAAACAAGAUAACGAUGAGUCUCAACGUUGUUCCUAAACAUGUUGGUGACACAACUUAUACGAAGAUUUUUGUUGGAGGGUUAGCUUGGGAGACCAAAAGAGACACACUCAAACGUUACUUUGAUCAGUUUGGUGAUAUUUUAGAAGCUGUUGUCAUCACUGACAGAACCACUGGAAAAUCAAAAGGAUAUGGCUUUGUUACCUUCAAGGAUCCAAAUUCUGCUAUACUAGCUUGUCAAAAUCCUAAUCCUAUGAUUGAUGGAAGAAGAGCUAAUUGUAAUCUUGCAUAUCAAAAACCUGAUCCAUCUUUAACAGGAAAGCAGAAAUUCAAUAGUCCUUCAAGGAAUACUUCACCAAUCCAAGUUCAAGGUUCCUCAGCUUAUUACAAUCAACAUAUACCACAAUAUGCAUUUCCUUAUCCACUUUACAGGUACCCUCACCCUGGUUAUCCUCGUCCACAAGACAUAUAUGAAAUGAGCUAUAAUAAUGCAUAUGGUGGUGGACCUCAAUUUCCAUUUCGCUGGUUCCCAGCAUAUUACCAACCAUAUUAUGGCCUUAGUAGACAGUUAAUUCCAACAGCAUAUAUGAAAAAGACACAAUUCCAUGAUGUUGUUGGCAUAUCAGAACCUAUUUCACCUUCAACUUCAAUUUCCAGCACUGGAGUUAUCACAGAAACAGUAGGUCCAACAAGAGUGGUGGAAGUAGAACCUUCCAAAGAUCAAACAACUUCAGCUUAAGAGGAGCUUUUCGAUCAAUUGACUAGAAGAAAGAAAGCAAAAAGAAAAAUGACAUUGUUCAAUAAUGUAUAAAGUUUUGAGAAAAUGUUCAAUGAUGUGGUCUAGCAAUGACAAUGUGACUUGGAUGAAAUAAAUCAGGAUUUCUUCAUUAUCUUCAAAAUUUUAUUUUGUGAAUUCAGAUGCACAUGAUUUAUUCUUUU